AAAAGAUCAGAUUCAUCAUAGAACUGUGGCCCAUCUAUUUAUGUUUCUCUUCCGGCAAAUUUAUUUAUUUCCGAUCAGACUCUGGUAGUGGUUUUACUAAAUCUUGCGCUUCAAAUUUCCCAAUACCCAUGUCUAUACCCAAGGAGCUCUACCCUUCUCAAGAGGAUCUCUUGUACGAAGAGGAGCUCCUCAGAAAUCCUUUCAGUUUGAAGCUAUGGUGGCGCUACCUGGUGGCCCGCCGUGAAGCUCCGUUCAAGAAGCGGUUUGUUAUUUAUGAGAGGUCACUCAAAGCUCUACCCGGUAGUUAUAAGCUUUGGCACGCUUAUCUCAAGGAGCGUCUCGAAAUUGUAAGAAACUUACCCAUUACUCAUUCCCAAUAUGAAACCCUAAAUAAUACAUUUGAAAGAGCUUUGGUUACGAUGCAUAAAAUGCCCAGAAUUUGGAUUAUGUACUUGGAGAGUUUGACGAAGCAGCAGUUGAUUACGCGUACUCGGAAAACUUUUGACAGGGCGCUUUGUGCGUUGCCUGUAACACAGCAUGACAGGAUUUGGGAGCUGUAUUUGAAGUUUGUGAGUCAGGAGGGUAUGCCGAUCGAGACUUCGCUUAGGGUUUACAGGAGAUACUUGAAGUAUGAUCCUAGUCAUAUUGAGGAUUUUAUUGAGUUUUUGGUGAAUUCGCAGCUUUGGCAAGAGUCGGCUGAGAGGUUAGCUUCUGUACUUAAUGAUGAUCAAUUUUAUUCGAUUAAAAGGAAAACGAAGCAUACGCUGUGGUUAGAAUUGUGUGAGUUGCUUACUAAGCAUGCGAAGGAGGUGUCUGGUUUGAAUGUAGAUGCUAUUAUUAGAGGUGGUAUUAGGAAGUUUACAGAUGAGGUUGGCAGGUUGUGGACGUCGCUUGCUGAUUAUUACAUCCGAAGGGGGUUGUUUGAGAAGGCGAGGGAUAUUUUUGAGGAGGGUAUGACUACUGUGGUUACAGUUAGGGAUUUUAGUGUUAUUUUUGAUGCAUAUUCACAGUUUGAAGAGAGUAUGGUUGCUCAUAAGAUGGAGCAUUUGGAUUUGAGUGAUGAGGAAGAUGAUUCCCUUGAUGAGAAUGAUGACGAGAAAGUUGAAGAUGUUCGUAUGGAAGUAAACUCUAAGUUUGAGAAGAUGAUACUAAAAGGAUUUUGGUUACAUGAUGAUAAAGAUGUAGAUUUGAUGCUGGCCCGGUUGGAAUAUCUCAUGGAUAGGAGACCAGAAUUGGCUAAUAGUGUACUUCUACGGCAAAAUCCACAUAAUGUGGAACAAUGGCACAGGAGGGUUAAGCUUUUUGAGGGUAACCCAACUAAGCAGAUACUGACUUAUACUGAGGCAGUAAGGACAGUUGAUCCUAUGAAAGCAGUGGGGAAACCCCACACGUUGUGGGUUGCGUUUGCUAAGCUGUAUGAAACUCACAAUGAUCUUGUCAAUGCAAGGGUAAUUUUUGACAAGGCAGUGCAAGUGAACUAUAAAACUGUAGAUAAUCUAGCUAGCAUCUGGUGUGAGUGGACUGAAAUGGAACUUAGACACAAAAACUUCAAUGGUGCACUAGAGCUGUUGAGACGGGCCACAGCAGAACCAUCAGUUGAGGUCAAACGGAGAGUUGCUGCUGAUGGCAAUGAACCAGUACAGAUGAGGCUGCACAAGUGCCUCAGACUCUGGACCUUCUAUGUCGAUAUGGAAGAGGGCCUUGGAGACUUGGAAUCCACUCGAGCAGUUUAUGAGCGGAUUCUGGACCUUAAAAUAGCCACACCACAGAUUAUUAUCAAUUAUGCUUUGCUUCUAGAAGAACAUAAAUAUUUUGAAGAUGCUUUCAAGGUAUAUGAAAGGGGAGUGAAAAUAUUCAAAUAUCCUCACGUGAAAGACUUAUGGGUCACAUAUCUUUCAAAGUUUGUGAAAAGAUACGGGAAGACAAAAUUGGAACGGGCAAGAGAGUUGUUUGAACAUGCUAUCAGCAUGGCUCCUGCUGAUGCGGUGAAACCUUUGUACCUUCAAUAUGCGAAGCUGGAAGAAGAUUGUGGUUUGGCAAAGCGAGCUAUGCAGGUUUAUGAUCAAUCAACUAAAGCUGUCCCUAAUAAUGAAAAGUUGGGAAUGUAUGAAAUCUAUAUUGCCCGUGCUGCUGAGAUAUUUGGUGUCCCCAAGACAAGAGAGAUUUAUGAGCAAGCCAUUGAGGCCGGUCUCCCCGACAAAGAUGUAAAAACAAUGUGUUUGAAGUAUGCCAAGUUGGAAAAGAACUUGGGCGAAAUUGAUCGUGGGCGUGCCAUAUAUGUAUUUGCAUCUCAGUUUGCUGAUCCACGAUCUGAUGCCGAAUUCUGGAAUGAGUGGCAUGAAUUCGAGGUGCAACAUGGCAACGAGGACACGUUUCGAGAAAUGUUGCGUAUUAAACGAAGUGUUUCUGCAAGCUAUAGCCAGACACACUUUAUCCUGCCGGAGUAUUUGAUGCAGAAGGAUCAAAGGCUAAACAUUGAUGAGGCUAAAGACAAGUUGAAACAAGCUGGGGUGCCUGAAGAUGAAAUGGCUGCUCUAGAAAGGCAGUUAACUGCCCCGUUGGCCAACAAUACAACUGCAAAAGAUAGCGGCAGGAAAGUCGGGUUUGUGAGUGCUGGGGUAGAAUCCCAGACUGACGAUGGAGUGGUGAAGCUUAAUGCAAACCGUGAGGACAUCGAAAUACCAGAAGAAAGCGACUCUGAAGAUGAUGAUGAAACAGUUGAAAUUACGCAAAAAGAUGUUCCAUCUGCUGUCUUCGGAGGAUUGGCUGGGAAGAGGAGCGAGAUGGAAAACGAUAAAGCCGGAGAUGACACCACUGCCGCCGCAAAGGCCAACGAUGGCGAAAGCCGUCUUGGUGCGCUUGCCAGACUAAAAAGACAAAGACAAGGCUGAAAGGCGUCUUGGUAUUCAUUUUCGGGUAUUCAUUUUCCGAUUCUGAUAGUUGAUAGAAUAGCUGAUGUACAUUCCUUGAAUUAAGAGACUGUUACAAUUCCUCAUCAGUCUGCUAUUAGAUAAUGUCAGUAUUUCGAUUGAUGGUGUUCUCUAUGUUAAGGUUAUCUUCUUCCUA